AUGUCCUCUGGCAUCGCAGGGAAAGCCCAAGUGUCCGACUCUUAUGAUUCCAAGGCGACUGCUGUAUCCGUCCCCACCGACGAGAUGGGACUUAAAAUAGCUGAAUUUCGAGCUCAUCGUCGUAACAGCAACCCAGUGCAUGCAGCGCCAAUUUCCCUUUCUAAUUUCUACCAUCCAGUCGACCCGCCAACUCAAUCAAAGGCAUUUGGGGAUGAAACAUUGGCUACUCCUACGCAAAGGCUUCUGGAGGAUGAGGUUGACCAUGUUCAAUAUGCAACAUACCGCGAUGGGCCAACCAAUAAGUCCAUUAUGUAUCCGAGCAACGUUGAAUCCUCAGACAAGGGAUGGAUUCCAAUACCUUUGCGAAAUUGGUUUUGGAUCCCGUUAGUUCUGUUUCUGGUUGCUGGAGCGGGUGGCUUAGAGACCGCCUUAUAUUUCAGCAAGAAAGAACAAGGAUGGCCUGCGAGAGAAAACGAGGCUCAAUCAGUAUCUCACUAUAUAUAUGUUGCAGCCAUGUGGACAUGGACUGACAUCGAAAUCAAGAAGAUGCAGCAACUUUGUCGUUUGGACCCGAGCAACUGCAAACAGACACUACCUGGUUGCACUUGCUACCCUGAUGGUCAUAUUGACGCUGAGCUUUCAGCCACUUGCAGCAGCAUUGCUGACUGUGACGGACACCUGGUAUCAAGCACCAGGAAACAGCCUGAUAUUUCCUCAGCAUUCCUAGCAGCAGCGGGUUAUGCUGGUGCUACGGUCAUGUACGGUUUAGGGCGCCCAGCCUUUAGCAACGGGCCCUAUACCAUUGCCCCCUUUGAGUUGCCAACCGCUAUCGCACGGAAUGGGACAGUGUUUGCAAAUACGACAGCAGUCAAAACCGAUCCGGGUUGCCAGGCUGUCUCAGUCCAAAUGACGAAUGUAUUGCCCGGUCGAUGGUCCAACGCUGUUUCAUACAACGGCUGUUCAAUUACCUGGAUCGUGACUAAUAAUUCUACUGUGCUGUUUGGUGCUGAUAUACCGGCCUGUGCUACUAAUCCUCCGAUCCAGUUCAGCCCCAUCAUCUUCUGGAUCUUCACAUACCAACCCACCGUUCAAGCAUCCGCAACCUUAUGUUUCCCGACAUUCUCCCUCUGGGAAGUCAAUGUCAACGUGGAUCUGGCCACGAAAAAUCUUACGAAAGUCACAGAGUUGCGUCCUUUCAACCAAGAUCAUUCUCCUUUUUCCUCUUUGUCCGCAAAUCUCACUGGUCCUCCACUCAACGGACGUGCAUACAAUGGAGUCAGGUUCAACCUUACUGCGCCAAACCAAUACGUGCUAGCCAGACAAGCUGCCAUACAAUUACAGCUACCCGCAGCCAUCUAUCAAGCUGCCUUGUCAAAUCAGAUUGGCUUACUAGAAAGCCUCGCCAGCGGUGUAUUCUCGCAAUUGUCAAGCCAAGUCUACGGGACUUAUUUAGCUCUUGUCGCAAGAGAAGUUUACUUUUUGCCUUCUGUUGAGCCAAUUACAGUAGUCGUCAAGACUUUUAGAAAACGUUUAUUCCUUAACGGCACUGCCGUCCACCUGCUGGCCACUGCCAUGCUUUCCUUGGCCUUUUUUGGUACCAUCGUUCAUCUCUUCCAUCGCAAAGAUCGCCGAGAUUUACGACUCAACCAUGAGCCUGGCACCAUUGCUUCCGCCGUGUCCAUUGGGGCCCAAACACAAGUAGGCAAUGUUCUCGCAGGACGACAAGAUGAAAGAGAUAUUUCGGAAGCGCUGAAAAACAAAAGGUUCAGAAUCAACCCCGGAACUAUGAAAAUCGUCAUGGAAGGGGAGGAGGGCUAUGAACUCGCUAAGAGUCCAGGGUUUUGGCAAAAGGGAUAA